UAGCAGGCGGAGUAUAAAAGGGAGACAGCUCUAUGCUUUGGACUACCAGGAGGAUUUCUGAGCUUCCAGUUGCCUUAUCCCUGGUCAGUGUAUCCACUGAGAGGAAAAACUUAUUCCUGUCAUGGCUAAUGGGGAAGCCUUAAAUCAUGAACUUGCCACACUUUUCAAUGAGAUGUGGGAUAUGGACGUUAACCGCCUUAUGCCUGGGAAAGACUACACAAUUGAUUUGCAGGGAAAAGCAGGUGCUGCACAACAAGGUGACAGUGCAGCCAGACAUCUGUUUCACAAUGUAAAUGAAGAACGCCUGAAGAGCAUAAAGACUUUUGCAACCUUUAUUUCCUUAUUGGACAACUAUGAGACAUCAACCAGUGUAGCAGAAGUAGUGACUCCAGAAGAAAUAGCUGAAAACAAUUGUUUUCUUGAUGCUAUCUUAGCAACAAAAGUAAUGAAACUGGCUCAUGAAUAUCUGCUUAAAAAAAACCUAGCAAAGCCAAACCUUGCCGAUUUCAAACAUCAGCUCUACGACAUCUGGUUCCAGCUCUACGCCAGGAAAGGAGGAGACAGACCUGAUUCUUGUGGUUUUGAACAUGUUUUUGUUGGAGAAACAAGGCGUGGUAAACAGAUCUUAGGUCUGCACAACUGGGUACAAUUUUACCUUCAGGAAAAGCGCAACCAAAUUGACUACAAGGGAUAUGUCACUCGGAAGAACAAAAUGAGGCCCGACAAAGAUGACCAAGUUUUGAGCAUCCAGUUCAGCUGGAAGGGCUCAGUCAAGCCAAUUGGAAGCACCUUUAUUGGUGUCAGCCCAGAGUUUGAAUUUGCCCUUUACACCAUCAUUUUCCUGCUAUCUGAAGAAAGAGUCACACGUGAAACAGUGAAGAUAGAGGAAUAUGAGCUACAGAUAGUUGUUUCUCGCCAUGGGCACCACAUUGGAACAGCAUAUCCAGUACUCCUCAACACGAGUAGUGAAGACUAGUACCUAGAGUGAUCAGGCAACUUUUUCGGGGGGGGGGGAGGGUGGGGUGGGUGAAGGCGGGCGGAAGGGGAAGUAAUAGGGACCAAAUAACAGAGUAAGUGGAUGUGUUGCUUUAUGCAAGUUAUUUUGAGUAAAAAUUGAUGACUCGUUUGCUUUUGGUCUGCAAUGGAGUGUUUAAUCAACAGUGUGCCAUGGCUCAGUGUCUGACAAGUCUUGAGACAUAUUACUGCUCAUAUUAAAACCUGGACCAAACUUA